CAGAUUGCUCUCUGCUUUUCAACUGGUAAUAUGCCCACGACAACUGAGGAUUAUGAAAAACGCCAGAAAUUUAGACCUCCUUCCGGUCAGGUAGGCCUACUGUUCAUCAACUUAACUUUAUAGUAAACUUAAUCAUACGGAAGAGCUAAUUUAAGAGCGUUAAGAGCUUUUGUUUUACGUAGUAUCUAAGAAAAUUAUCUUUUAAAAUCCAGAAGCUAGUAUUGGAGUGUAUUUUCUUUUAAAAUCAAUCAGAAGAUAACAUAUUUCAUUAAAAUGCUUAUCAGUUAUGUCAAAAUACAAAGACUUGCGUUUAAAAGAGAGACUUCAAUGUUCAAAAUGCCCAAGUAAAUAACAGAUAACUGUUAUUCUUGUAGAUAUACAAGACAGACAAUGAAUGUAAGACAAUUUUAUCUCUUCAUCAACUCCUCUCUAAAAUUAUUUUCUGUGAAAAUCUCUUUCAUAUAAAAGAGAAAUGCGAUAUUUACUAUUUUCUAUAUACGAAACAAGAUGAAUUACACUCUCUUACUAUAGAGAAAAAUUUUCACAUAUACUAAUUCUUAUAACUCAUUAAUAACCCUAAACAUGAGGGUCAGAUUAUCAAUGUAAAUUCUAUCAAAAACACUUUUUUGUGAUAUGUUACGUUCGUUAGAUUUUAUUGGAUUUUCUUAUUAAGAAAAGGUUCUUAUUCGACGUUAAACAACCUCGUGUAAAUAUUAUGCAUGAAUUAGAUUGGACGGUUUUAUUUGACUUAUUUACGAAGCCAUGCUGUUGCCUGGUGAUAAUUGUUUUUAAAAAAACUUUUGAAUUGUAUUGCAUUUUCGUUCUGAACAAUUUAAUUAUCAUUUCUUUGAAAUGUUGGCUGAUCUACAUAUCUAUGUUGUACCAGUUGAUCUGUGGAGGAGUCAUCUUCGAAGUGCGGAUAAUGCCGUUAUUGAAAAAACAGUUUCUGCAGGAUAUGUUAGAGUUCAUCCAGACGUUUCCAUUUACAAUUUAAGGGAAGAAAUAGAAGCUCAGUUGGGUAAUGAAGAUAUUAUUCCAAAGGAAUUCAUCUUUCUCAAAAGCGUUGGAAGAUGUCUAACAAAGGUGAAACUCAGGCAGGAAUAUUCGACGAAAGUGAAACAUUUUUUACCUCCUCAUGCUUAUCUACCGGAAAUAUUUCUUCUGGAAGCUCUUCCUGAAUGGAGAGAAUGCUAUACAAGUAGAUCAUCUUCCGAGCAUUCGGAAAGUCGAAAUUGGAAUGCUUACAAACCUGUUCCACCAAUAAGAGAUGGUGUGUACCGUAAUCAUGUUUCCGUUCAAACAGGCAAUUGGAAAGUAGAAAGACAUCCUGUUAGAUCACCAAUUAACAAGUAUUCAAUAGGGACACAAACAAAUGGUGUUCUCUAUAAAUCACCAUCCAUUCCGAAACUACAUUCCGAAACUCCAAUUAAAACUAGUCACGAAUCCCAGUCUACCCAAACUUACUAUAGAAGUCCAAUUCAAACACCAAUUAUGCCAAAAAAUAGCGACAUUGCCGUUCAAACAAUGCGCGUUCAGAGCCCUGAACAGCGUUGGCGAAACUACGCUGUGCAAACUGAGGAAUAUGUGGAGGAAUCAAUGUUUCUUGUAGGUACUCCACCUGUCCAGAAUUCCUAUUUACCACCCGUCAGUGCAACACCUCCAAGGACUCCUUCCCCGAAAUAUAUUGAUGAGGAUGCGGAGAGGAGACGCCUGGAGGAGUUAAGACGCUUAAGAGAAGAAGAAGAGCGCAGAAGAAGAGCUUUGGAAGAAGAGUUGCGUCGACAGAGAGAGCUUGAGGAGCUCGAAAGAUUAAAGAGGAGGAAGACUCCAGAACUUAUUAAACAAUCACCAAUUCCGCCUAUUCAACCGGAACCAAAACCAGAACCAGAACCAGAGCCAAAACCCAAUUUAAGUUUACAGUCCGCGCCAAAACAACGAUCACCAACACCACCUCCAUCAAAUCCAACUCCUCCUCCUCCUCCUCCUCGUCUUCCUCCCUCUCCACCAACUCCAGAACCAUCUCCUUCUCAAAAAAUAGUUGAAUUGAAACAUAAAGACCCUCCCUUAGAGAAACCAAACGAAAGUAUUAUUCCUAAUCCUAAAAAAAUAGAAACUUUACACAAGCCAGAACCAGAACCUGAAACUUUGCCAACUCAACCACUUCCUACAUCAUCUAGAAAAUCUAAUAAAAAAGAGCAAGUCCACACCACCGUGAAGAGGACGCCCACGCCACCUCCGCCUUCGCCAAGAUUAGAUAAAGUGAACGAAAAAAAUCGCCUUCUAGCGGAACUUCAAAGAAUUCGAGAAGAGAGGGAAGAGAUUGAAUUAAAACGAGAAGAAUUAAUGCGUAAAUGCAAGCUGCUGCAUUCAAAGUUUACUAACAGGAGAGAUCAGGCAAAAAAUAUUUGGAAACAAAAAUACUAUGAGCAAAAGAAGAAAACUCCACCAAUUGAGGAGAAAUGUGCAAAGUUAAAGCUGGAAUUGGAAUCUACACAUAAAAGACUUAUGAUACAGAUGGAAGGAAGGGAGAAGGAUGGAAGAAAAUUAAAUCUGGACAAGCCGUCCGAACACAUGAACUUGCGUUUGCAAGCAACGAGGACUCAGCACUUUAUAGACGAUUUACACAGAAAAAUCGAAAAUAUUAAAAUGAAGCUUACAGCAGAAAUGAAACUUCGCCACCAAGCUGAAACUGAACAGAGAGCUUUAAGGGCUGAAUUAACGCAGAAAAAAAUUAACGUAACCCUAUCGCGUAAUCAACGACUAGAACAACUGAAAACUCAGGAUGCUCUUCCGUCUCAUCGUUCGCCAAUAACAACGUCUCGUUAG